AUGGCGGCCGCUCAGGUUAUUUCCAAUUCGGGGCACGAAGACAUGAUUCAUGAUGCUGGUCUUGACUACUAUGGCCGUCGGUUGGCAACCUGCUCGUCCGACAAGACAAUUAAGAUCUUUGAGAUUGAAGGAGAGUCACACCGCUUGGUUGAGACCCUAAAGGGACACGAGGGUGCUGUGUGGUGUGUCGCAUGGGCGCAUCCCAAGUUCGGCACAAUCUUGGCCUCCUCUUCAUAUGAUGGCAAGGUCUUGAUCUGGCGCGAACAACCACAGAAUGCGACCUCUCCGUCCUCCGGGAGCUCUUGGACCAAGGUCUUCGACUUCUCUCUUCACACCGCUUCCGUGAACAUGGUCUCUUGGGCACCUCAUGAGAGCGGCUGCAUUCUCGCCUGUGCUUCUUCGGAUGGACAUGUGAGUGUGCUCGAAUUCCGCGACAAUGCCUGGACGCACCAGACUUUUCAUGCCCACGGCAUGGGUGUGAACUCGAUCAGCUGGGCGCCUGCAGCCGCUGCGGGGAGCUUGAUCAGCUCCAACCCUGGGCCGGGCCAGCAGCGACGAUUUGUGACCGGUGGAAGCGACAACUUGAUCAAGAUCUGGGACUACAAUGCCGAAUCCAAGACUUACAACCUCACCCAGACCCUGGAGGGCCACUCAGACUGGGUUCGUGAUGUGGCCUGGUCCCCCAGCAUUCUAUCCAAGUCAUACAUUGCCUCUGCCUCGCAGGACAAGACCGUCCGCAUCUGGACUUCGGACGCCUCCAACCCUGGCCAAUGGACCAGCCAAACACUCGAGUUUGACACCGUGUUGUGGCGGGCAAGCUGGAGUUUGAGCGGGAACAUUCUUGCUGUCAGCGGUGGUGACAACAAAGUCAGUCUGUGGAAGGAAAAUCUGAAGGGCGAAUGGGAAAAGGUCAAGGACAUUGAGGAGUAA